AUGUCAACUGAAUAUACUGAAACAACUCAUCAAAUUGGAAAAUAUUCAAUCUUCUCAAGAUUGUAUUCUGUCUCUUCAGCAAAAGGUAACAUUUUGUUUAUUCAUGGAUAUACUGAACAUUCAGGAAUUAAUUUAAUGACUGGAAAAUACUUUAAUGAACAAGGGUUUAAUGUUUAUUUCAUUGACUUACCAGGUCAUGGAAGGUCAAGUGGUACUCGUGGGUAUAUACCACUUUUUGAAGACUAUGAAAUGAUUGUAAAAGAAUUUUCAAAGUUGAUACAAAAAAGUGAUGUAUUUAUUUCUGAACAACUUCCACUUUAUCUUAUUGGAUUUUCUAUUGGAGGGUUAAUUGUUAGUAGAAUUGCAUCUGAUGAAAAAGCAUCACAACUGUACAAUGCCAUUAUUUCUAUUAAUCCACCAUAUUGGAUUAAUGUUUGGUAUGUUUAUAUUUUUUAUUACUUUGCCUUAGUCUUUGCUUUCUUCUUUCCUUCUUUUACAGUUCAUUAUAUUAACGAAUCUCUCUUUAAUAAUAAAGAAGUUGCUUCAAAGUUUUUUAAAGACCCUUAUUUACUAAAAUCAAAUAACCUUCACGUGUGUCUAGAAAUGGUUCGUGUUGGUAUUGAAGAUAUUCGUAAAUCUGAACAUGUCCCAUUCCUUCUAAUUCAAUCAUCUUGUGAUUCAAUAGUAAAUCCUAAAGGAGCUUUGACAAAAUCCCACUACUUUCACGAUUCUAAAAGUCUAUUUGUUUUGAUCCCAAACCAAAAUCAUAUGCUCUUUGAAGAAGACUUUUCUUCACUUCAUUCAACAAUGACUAAAUGGAUUGAUUCGCUUUAA